GCAUCGUUAUAGAUAAAUAUCAUUAAAACUCAUUUUAAUUUGUUAUGAAUGAAUGGUCAUGGGGUCGAGCCAUCGAUAGCUGGCCGUAACGGUUCUGUAACAAAGCAACAUUGGAGAAAACGAAGUGCUAUAGUUUCUUCGCAGGAUGUAAAAUCGGUACUACAAUCAGGAGACAGGGAAAACGAUGUCGACCUUCCUAGUGGGACCAGUGAGUAUCGAAAGAAAACUCGUAGAAAGAGGCAAUUUAUUUAUUUUUCGUUGGCCGGUGUAUUGUGUCUGUUCGUUGGAUGCGCUAUCCUGUAUUCGUUUUACUUUUUGUUACAUAAGUACAAAUUAGGUGGAUCCAUAAAACCUUCUGAAAAAUAUCGGUUAAGUUUAUCUCGAUUUGAUGAUGGGAGCUUGCUGCCAUAUCAUCAGGAAAUCGAAUGGGUAGUUUCAAAGGAAGGUGUUGAGCUAUACUAUGAUCAAAGCAAUUAUCUUCCAGUAUUUUUUCUUCCUCAGGGCUCUCUAUAUGGACCCAGCAUGGACCUUUCAGUACUCCAAAUUCAUGAGUUAUGUAACUCAUUUACUAAAAAGGUAGCUUCGUCUGACUUGGAGUAUGUGGCAUAUUUCUGCAGUACGCAAAAGAGGUGGAGAUAUUCAGUUUACAAUGAAAUAUAUAUUUUGGAACGAAAAACUGGUCGCGUUGCCCCCCUCAAGCAAGACUCUCAAGUUAUUGUCGCUGAGUGGGCACCUGUGGGUCAUCAUAUGGCGUUUGUGGAUGGUUCAAACCUGUACGUUUGGCAAGGGUUUGAAGAUCCGAUUCUUUCCAUAACGGACGCCGAGGAGUCUGAAUCUAUCUUGAAUGGGAUUGCAGAUUGGCUAUACGAGGAAGAGAUCUUGAUGUCACCGACUGCUUUGUGGUGGUCUGCAAACGGUUCUUGUCUGUCUUAUUUGUCAUUCAACGAUUCUCUUAUUCCAAAGUACAUUAUUUCACAAAAUGUGAUUGUCCCAGUCGAGGGCGGCGCAACAGAGAACCAUAAUGCUUUUCAUUACCCUCGACCAGGUGAUCCCAUUCCAAAUGUUCAAUUAUUGAGUUAUUGUUUUUCUUCUGAUUCUGUUGCACCUCAUCCACUUCACACUCAAGAAACUUCUCCUUUGGAAGAAUUUUAUAUUCAAGAUGUUUGGUGGGUUCAAGAUGAGUCAAUUAUGUUUGUUGAGACUUCAAGAGGUAGUACACGCAGGAUAACUCAUAAGUAUAAUGUAGCUACUUUUCGUCUCGAUACUCUUAACGAAGAGCUGGAGGAACCUACUGUACCGUUGAGUUCUUCCUUAGGAAUACGAAAUAUCGUUUGGCAGUCAAAAAAUGGCUAUGUACGUUAUAUGGGUGACUCGCAAAGGAAAAGAUUGGCCUUUUUUAAUUUUGACGAUAACAGUUUUAUGUAUAUAACGCCGGAAGACUUAUAUGUUUUGGAAUUUUGGUUGGUUGGAAAGUUUUUAUUUUACACCGCUCUCCACCCAAACGAUCCUUUUGCGAAUAUUUUCUGUUUAUCCACGGAGUUCGCAGCUCAAGCAGAAGUUAAAAUAUCCUCUUCAGAUGGCUCGAAGUCUAUCAAGAUCUCGCCCGACGCAAAUUACAUGUUGCUGAAUUAUUUUGGUCCCGGGAUACCCAUGCAAAAAAUCUAUUUGUUAAAAGCUUGCUUGAAUAACUGGCUAAGUAAAAUUUCUAGUGGGGAUUUCUCUCAAACAGAAGAGACAUUAAUUCCGGAAUUACUCCGAGUUGUGGAAGAUAAUAAAGAAUUACGAGCUUUACUUGGAAACUAUGAGUUUCCAUCUAAGCAUACUGAAACAGUGAAUGUUCACAACGUUACUGCUUCUUUUCAAGAAAUAAGACCUAGCAAUUUCAAUCCAAAUAAGAAAUAUGCUACCGUAUUUGAAAUUUAUGGCGCUCCAGGUUCACGAUCUAUCACGGGAAAGUACGAAAUGGAUGCAAACGAAUUGAUGGCAUCCUCGUUGGAAAUUUUGGUUGUAAAAGUCGAUGUGAGAGAAAUAGCUAACAGCUCUCUAUUGGGAAAUGAUUUUUUGACAUUACCUUAUUACUGGAUUGAUAUAAUUCGCUGGUAUUCUCAUAAGCAGCCAUAUAUUGACAGUUCACGACUGGGACUUUGGGGAUGGAGUUUUGGAGGUUACCUUGUCCUUAAAAUUUUAGAGAUCACAGAUAUUAUAUCGUCUGCAUUAGUCGUAGCACCUGUUGUGGAUUGGCGGUUUUAUGAUUCUUACUAUGCCGAAAACCUUCUUGGCGCUUACUCUGCGAAUACUAAAGACAGAUACGAACAGAGUGCCUUACAUAUUUCUGAAAACAUAAAAAAUGUACGAAACGUUUUGAUUGUUCAUGGUGCUAAAGAUGAUAAUGUGCACCUCGAAAAUACUUACCAACUAACGUCUUCAUUAAUAAAAAACAACCUUGAGAAUUUCGUGCAGUUAAUUAUUCCUGAUGCAAAUCAUGAUUUCUCUAAUAUUCAAGUGUACCCUUAUUUGAAAAAGAAGAUAGCUACCUUCUUUGGCAGUUGUUUUCAUAAUUUAUGAAUAAAAUUUUGGAACUUAUGUGAUUAAUAUACAUUCAAGGUAGCUACUUAUUACAACAAACAUUAAAAAG